AUGAGAAUUCGGUGGAUCGAGGUAGCUGUGGCAGCUGCCUCCGUGGCACACGCCAAUGUAAGUCGCGUCACUCCGUUGGAAUAUUCUCCUCCAUACUAUCCCUCACCAUGGAUGACCGGUGCGGGUGAAUGGUCCGAGGCGUACACGCGCGCCGUGGAAUUCGUCUCCAACCUCACCCUCGCCGAAAAAGUGAACCUUACAACCGGCUCGGGCUGGGAGCAAGAGAGAUGCGUCGGAGAAACUGGUGGGAUUCCCCGCUUGGGCAUGUGGGGAAUGUGCAUGCAGGACUCGCCCCUCGGCCUGCGCUUCAGUGACUACAACUCCGCUUUCCCCUCUGGCGUUAACGUCGCCGCAACAUGGGACAAGCGACUCGCUUACAUGCGUGGUGUGGCGAUGGGUGAGGAGCACCGCGACAAAGGUGUGGACGUGCAACUGGGUCCCGUUGCUGGCCCGUUGGGCAAGUAUCCCGACGGUGGUCGCAACUGGGAGGGAUUCGCGCCUGAUCCCGUUUUGACUGGUGUGAUGAUGGCCGAGACCAUCAAGGGUAUGCAAGAUGCUGGUGUCAUUGCUUGUGCGAAGCAUUUCAUCGGAAAUGAGCAAGAGCACUUCCGCCAGUCCGGCGAGGCUCAAGGAUACGGAUACAACGUCACUCAGAGUCUCAGCUCAAAUAUUGACGAUAAGACCAUGCACGAGCUCUACCUAUGGCCCUUUGUGGAUGCCAUUCGGGCUGGUGUUGGAUCUGUCAUGUGCUCCUACAACCAGAUCAACAACAGCUAUGGUUGCGCAAACAGCUAUACACUCAACAAGUUGCUCAAGGGAGAGCUUGGCUUCCAGGGCUUUGUUAUGAGUGAUUGGGGUGCGCACCACAGCGGUGUUGAGUCUGCUCUUGCUGGUCUGGACAUGUCCAUGCCCGGUGAUGUUUAUCUCGGCAGCCCUUACUCGUACUGGGGAACCAACUUGACGGUCUCCGUGCUAAACGGCACAGUCCCCGAGUGGCGCCUCGAUGACAUGGCUGUCCGUAUCAUGGCCGCUUACUACAAGGUUGGCCGCGAUCGCCACCGAACUCGUCCCAACUUCAGCUCUUGGACUCGCGACGAGUUCAACUUCCAGCACUUCAUGGUGAGCGAAAACUGGGUGAAGGUCAAUGAGCGCGUCAACGUUCAGCGUGACCACGCCAAGGUCAUUCGCAAGGUUGGGUCCGACAGUACCGUUCUGCUGAAGAACACGCGUGGUGCACUGCCUCUUACCCACGACGAAAAAUUCAUCGCAAUCCUGGGACAGGACGCAGGAUCCAACGCCUACGGUGCCAACGGUUGUGACGAUCGUGGCUGCGACAACGGAACCCUCGCUAUGGGCUGGGGAAGUGGAACUGCCAACUACCCAUACCUGAUUACCCCCGAGCAAGCCAUUCAAAACGAAGCCCUCGAAUACACCGAUGGCCGAACCAACGUCUUCGCUGUGACCGACGACUGGGCCACUGACAAAAUGGCUCCGCUCGCCGCCCAAGCCGAUGUUUCGCUUGUCUUCGUGAAUGCCGACUCUGGUGAGGGCUUCAUCAACGUUGAUGGCAACGAGGGUGACCGCAAGAACCUGACUCUUUGGGGCAACGGGGAGGAAGUCAUCAAGACAGCCACCCAAAACUGCAACAAUACUAUUGUGGUGAUUCACAGCACAGCCGCCGUCCUCAUCGGCGACUGGUACGACAACGAGAACAUCACUGCUAUUCUCUGGGCUGGUCUCCCUGGCCAAGAGAGUGGUCGCAGUCUCGUUGACGUCCUCUAUGGCCGCGUCAACCCCGGCGCUAAGACCCCCUUCACCUGGGGCAAGACCCGCAAGGACUACGGUCCCGACCUCGUCGCUCUGCCAAACAACGGCGCCGACGCCCCCCAGGAUAACUUCGACGAUGGCGUUUUCAUCGACUACCGCCGCUUCGACAAGGACAACAUCGAGCCCAUCUACGAGUUCGGAUAUGGCUUGAGUUACACCAGCUUUGAGUUCUCCGACCUCAAAGUCACUCCUCUUAACCCAAGCCCCUACACGCCCACCACUGGACAGACCAAGAAGGCCCCCGUUCUGGGAGAGAUUGGCGAUGUGUCCGAAAACCUUUUCCCCAAGGGCAUCAAGCGCAUCCGCCAGUACCUCUACCCAUGGUUGAACUCCACCGACCUGCGCGCAUCAUCCGGCGACCCCGACUACGGCAUGGAAGCCCAGGAAUAUCUUCCCGAGGGUGUCGCCGAUGGCUCCCCCCAGGACCUCCUCCCCUCCAGCGGAGACUCUGGUGGCAAUCCCGGUCUCUUUGAAGAUAUCUACCAGAUCACAGCAACUAUCACCAACACUGGCUCUCUGACUGGUGAUGAGGUUCCCCAGUUGUAUGUUUCACUUGGUGGCGCUGGCGAUCCCGCCAAGGUCCUUCGUUCUUUCGAUCGUGUUACCAUUGCUGCUGGCGAGACCCUACAGUGGACCACCACACUCACUCGCCGUGAUGUCUCCAACUGGGAUGUCUCCUCCCAGAACUGGGUUAUCUCCGAGGCGCCCAAGAAGGUGCACGUGGGUAACUCAUCGCGCAAGCUGCCUUUGUCGGCGGAUCUGCCGGCUCUUCAGUAA